CGCAGUUUGUCAUUUCUUCGCUCACAGACAGCUUUACGCGAGCUUCGAGGUGGAAUAACGACGUGUGGAAUACUUUUUAUCGCUGUUACAUUGACUUUCCCCCAGUUUUCCUAGAGUUUUCCUUGCUCCCUGCUCCAUGCCGCCGUCGCUCCCACUUUGGAGAAGCUUUUGCGCUCCUGCAGACUUUUUAUAACUUGUUGCCUCGUUGGGUUUUAGACAUGGACGUAUAAUAAGAUCACAUUAUAUAGAUCCAUGGUUUUAGGGCGCACAUGCGAUGUCGCGGACUCUCAAGAGGAGGAAGAAAUGAGCAGCACGUGAACUUGGAACUCUUUUUAACGUGAAUUUGAAGGUUUUAAAGUGAGUUUUGUGGAUUGUUUCUAAACCAGUUCAGCGACAGGACUGCAGCCUCUACUCAAUGUGUCAGCUGGAAGGAAGCGGGGUCCGAAUCUCUCCUAAACGCUGAUCUGUUUUGGGAGUGAUGCACUGGCUUCCCCUGGUUGCCAUGGUGAUCGCCUCGGCCCUGCCCUUCCCUCACAAGCCCGCUGCCCGGAUCGUAGCCGCAUCACUUCCUCCUCCGCUGCACCAUGCUCCGGACUACAGCUCCCAUCAGCCCCAGGACUACAACACUGCCCCAGCGGACUACAAAUCAACUCCAGUGGACUACAACAUGGCCGAACAGCAGAACCAAGGGGAUUUUAUGACGAACGACGAUAGUGGAGUUUACAAUUUGAACUUAGUGACCACUUUGGAGGUUCCACCCACAGAGUCUACGCCGGUCUGGACUCCAGAGGUCACAGAGGGGCAAAGAGACGCUAAAAUAUACAAAAAUAACUUAGAUUCUAAUAUUAAAAAUGAUAUGCAAGACUCUGGUGCUGCUGCUAGUCCUGAGAGUUUGAGGAAUACCGUAGAUUUGACUUUGCAAAGGACAGAAAGGAGUUUGGAAAAGAAUUCCGACAUGGGACUUUUGGAGUUGGAUGGAUUAUUUGAAGGGGACAUGUUUUUGGACGCUCACCCGCGAGUUUUGUUCAGCACAUCUCCUCCGCAGCAACCGCCCCCUCUGCUCAUGCUCGAGGACGAGGAGGAUCUAGCCUGGGAUGAGCAUCCGGACGGCGACCGUUCCAAACGUGAGAAACGGUCGCACUUAACGGAGUCGCGCUGGGGUCAAAGGUCAGUUUGCGAGUCGGUGAACGUUUGGGUCACGGACAAAACUACGGCAGUGGACACGAAGGGAAACAAGGUGACCAUUAUACAGGAGAUCCAAACCCAGAGUGGGCCCAUCAAGCAGUACUUUUACGAGACACGGUGUCGCCAGGCGGAGCAGCCGCAGGACGGGCGCCACGAGGAGACGGGCGUGGAUGGGGCGAGCUGCCUGGGCAUCGACAAGAAGCAGUGGAAGAGCAAAUGCAUCGCCAAGUCGUCGUUUGUGCGUGCAUUAACCAAAGACGCUAACAACCGCAUGGGCUGGAGGUGGAUCCGCAUCGACGCGUCCUGUGUGUGCGUGCUGCUGUCCCGGACCAAUAACAAGGCACCGUCAGGAAGAGGGCGGGGCUAAAUGGUGAGGGAGGGAGGGGCCAUUAGGGCAAGGGACAAGAGGAGGAGGAGAAGAGGAGGAGUUCAAAAUGGAGGACUGUCAUAUUUAACAAAACAUUAUAAUAUGUCUUUAAGACAUGUUACAAAUGUUAUCUCCUCAAAAACAUACCUGGAGUUAUGUUUUGUUUCAUUCACAUAUUCAGUCUCACCCUUUAUUAUUAGUCUGGCUACAUCUCCAAAGCUCAAAAUGCUCUGUUUCACCUUAUGAUGUCAUGAACUGAUAGUUUUCAAGUUAACAGCUACUUUUACCUCUUGUUCACCAGUGAUGUCAUGUGGCAAUACAAGAAGUGCUCCACUGUUUACACUUUCACUAGAAUCAUUUGAAUAAUUUCGGCCCUGGAAUUUCCAAUCUUUACUGAACAAAAGGUAACUUGAAAACUAUCACUUCUUGACAACACAAGGUGGAACAGAGCAUUUUGAGCUUUGGCGAUGUAGACAGACUAAUAAUGAAGAGUUACUGAAACAUAGCUCCAGGUGUUUUUGAGGAGCUAACAUCAUUAGAACAUGGUUUAAAGCUCUCAAGAGUCACUUUAGUGUAACAAAGGACCUUUAAACAAUACGUGAACCUUAACCAAGAUGUUUACUGUUUGAAAAAAACAUUAAAGUGCCAAGAACAGGUUAACCCAC